CAGAGAUAGAGCGAUUCCCUGCACGAGAACGAGCCAGAGGUGGAGAGGGAACGCAGAGAUGGGGACUGAGCGCUGAGAGCAGAGCGAGUUGGGGAAAGAUCUGCAGAUAAACGUGAGUAAAAAAAAAAAAAAAAAAAAAAAAAAGGUGGAGAAGGAGAGAGAUGGCUAGUGGGGUUGAGGUGCUGGCGUGGGGAGGAGGUUGCAGGGAGUCAAGAUGAUGGAGCCCAGAAAUAGGCUUUUACAGGACAGCCUUUCACGAGUGCUCCCUGCAGCAGACGUGAUUCUGAGCACUGGAGUGUGCUCAAAUUAGCAAAGGGGGACAAGGCAGGACGGGAGGUCUGCAGAGCCUUGGUUCAGCCUCGCUGGAUGCAGCACGGCAGCUUGAUUUAUGACGAAGGGGCUGGGUGGCCGCGUGCUUGUGCGUGCGUGUCUAUGAAUGCGUGCGUGUGUGUGUGCAGUUUUUUUUAUGGGUCCUUGUAGCGCUUGGAGCUUUGGGAGAGACCAUUCCUCCAGUCAUAAAAUGACAUUCAGCAGACAGGAUCUGCGCGGCUCUGCAGUCCUCAGUAGGAAGUAGGAGAGCGGGAGUCGGGGCUUUUAUCCAGCGCGAGAGGCUUUGUUUACGCUGCUGUGUGCUGAGGUAAGCCGGCCGGGAUCAGCCCAAUGCCUCAUGUGUCCUGAGGUGAGAGGAGAAGAAGAUCUUAAGAGGAUGCAAGGACGAGCAGAGAUCAGCACUGGUGGCAGGGAGGCCAGCUGAGGUACCGGGAGGAGCAGCCCGGAGGUUGAGUGGGGAACGACGACAAGGGAACGAGGGUGAUCAUGCCUGUCAAACAGUGAGCUAUAGCAUAUGCUGUAGUGCAGAACAGAGUGGUGCGGUAGGGGAGGACAAGCAUCGCUGCACAAGGGGAGGAGGAGGGGGGGGGCAGGCAAAGAGAGAGCCCGGGAGGAAGAGAGGAGAGAAGAGGUUCAGCAAUUAGAUCGGCACCUCUCCACCACUGGCAGGGGAAUCAUAGCACGACUGGCCUAGAGGAAGCGUAAAAACAUCACUCAAGGCCAGGUGUAGAGGUCAAAGGAUAGCCGGUGGGGUGGGCUGAGGUGAGGCGGGGGUCAUCGUGGCUGCACCCCCGUCCAAGUGGAAGAAAGGUCACCUCCGAGUACGCCGUUUGGUCUGAUCACCCUGACGCCUCACCAUGGGAGAAUGGACCAUUUUGGAGAGGCUGCUGGAAGCGGCUGUCCAGCAGCACUCUACCAUGAUUGGCAGGAUCCUGCUAACCGUGGUGGUGAUUUUCCGCAUCUUGAUCGUGGGCAUAGUGGGCGAGAAGGUGUACGAGGAUGAGCAGAUCAUGUUCAUCUGCAACACCAUGCAGCCCGGCUGCAACCAGGCUUGUUACGACAAAGCCUUCCCCAUCUCGCACAUCCGCUACUGGGUCUUCCAGAUCAUCUUGGUGUGCACGCCCAGCCUGUGCUUCAUCACCUACUCGGUCCACCAGUCGGCCAAAGCUCGGGACCGCAGCUACUCGUUGCUGCACCCUCACAUGGACCACCACGGCCACGGUCACCACGGCCGCCAUCACGACCAUCACGCUCGUAAGCUUCACUCCCGCAACAUCAACGGCAUCCUGGUGCACCCCGACAGCAGUAAGGAGGACCACGACUGCCUGGAGGUCAAGGAGAUCCCCAACGGACCUCGAGGGCUCCCACCCACGCACAAGAGCUCCAAAGUGCGGCGACAGGAAGGAAUCUCCCGUUUCUACGUCAUCCAGGUGGUUUUCCGCAACGCCCUGGAGAUCGGCUUCUUGGCCGGCCAGUACUUCCUGUACGGCUUCAACGUGCCGGGAAUGUUUGAGUGCGACCGCUACCCGUGCGUCAAGGAGGUGGAGUGUUACGUGUCUCGCCCCACGGAAAAGACCGUCUUCCUGGUCUUCAUGUUCGCCGUCAGCGGCAUUUGCGUGGUGCUCAAUCUGGCCGAGCUCAACCACCUCGGUUGGCGCAAGAUAAAAACGGCCAUCCGCGGCGUGCAGGCCCGAAGGAAGUCCAUCUGCGAAGUGCGUAAGAAGGACGUUUCCCACCUGUCUCAGACCCCCAACCUGGGCAGGACCCAGUCCAGCGAGUCAGCCUACGUCUGACAGAGGCUUCUCCGCCUCAUGUGACAUUUUGGAGAAGAGGUUUCCCCUCCGAGGACCACCAGGGCACAAAAGGUCACCGCUGGAUUAUGACUUUGAAGGAGCACAGAGAAGAAGAAUCCGCUUUCCACCACUAACCUUUGGUGCUGUUUAACCUAGGUGACACUAGGUGCCUUUAAAGAACCCAACAGACACAAAUGAGCAAUUUCAUAAUAUUAAGCUCGGUUGAAAUCGCGUCGAGGAGUGAGCGGCCCUCGUUACUUGCCUUUGUUGUAGCUCACAAAUAACGGUAAUUUCCCGAGAUAUGCAAAAGAUGCAUACGCAUGAGUGUAGAGGAAAAAAGAGCCAAUUUGCCCGCUAGAGUCGACAAAAUUCAAAAUUACUUGCCGAAAGACACUCAUACAUCUCAGCGCUGAACUGUUUUUAAAACACACCAAAUAGAAGAGCACCGGCUAUCCAUGUGCAAACCUUUUUUCCGCUCACCGCUUCAUGUCGCAAGCACACUGACAUCGCCUUGCUGCUUUUGCCGAACCCUUGGCAACAUUUUGGUGCUGUGCUAGCGCAACGCGUCCAGUGGGUAAAACACACGUGUGCACUGAUAAUGAGUCCCGCACUGUGUAACACACCUGAGUGCUCAUGAUGCCCGCAAAGAUGAUGCGGGGAAUUUACAGCAAAAAAAAAAAAGUGUUUCCGCUGUGUACAACGACACACAACCCUUUUAAUUGAACAGUAAAAUAUCCUUCUAUGGUUGUCACACAUUCAGAGUUUCCACAAGCAGAUUUGGUGGUGUAUUUUGAAACUGCUGUACAUAUUUGACAUCUAGGAAUGAACCAUUAUCGAUUUGGAAACAUAAUUUAGGGUGAUGAUGAAUGAAGAUGAAUUCCUAGAUGAGUAAGCUUCAAGAAUAUGUAUUAUUAUCGUGCUCUCUGUGCAGCCUUCCGAUGGAAACGACAGAAAAGGUGUUCCACCAUCCCAUGGACUGAAAAAGGCAUGUUAAAGAAACAUAACUAGAAUGGAUAGGUUAUGACAUUUAACUUAAAAAGACUUUUUUUUUAUUUAUUUGCAUCCUGCUCCUGUGAAUUGUACUCAGCAUGCGUUAUGAUAUAAAGAGUUACAUUAGCCUCCCAUCUUGGGAACACUGAAAGUGAAGAUUUUUUUGAAAGGCUCCCAAAACUGCAGCAAUAAUACUAAGAUAGAAUAUGUGAAAAGAAAAGAAGUCAAUAAAUUAUUAU